UUGGUAUUAUCUUUCAUUCUGACUCCAGGGUCUUGGUGAUAACAUUCAUUGCAGUCAGCAUGAUGAGGGUCUCAGUUCUGGUUGUGUUUGUCAUCCUGCUCAAUGCGUUAGUGUGUGAUGUUUUCAGUUCUCCAGUUAAAGGACAUUUUGCUGCCAAAGGACAGGGACACCAACAACACGGUAACGUCAGUCCAACUAUUGUGCCAUCUGAGACCACAUCAGAACCUUCAGAUCAAGUGAGUGAAGGUGAUGUGGCUGCUACCACAGCACACACUCCCUCGAAUGAAGCCACAUCAGAGCCUGCAGAUCAAGUGAGUGAAGGUGAUGUGGCUGCUACCACAGCACACACUCCCUCAAAUGAAACCACAACAGAGCCUGCAGAUCAAGUGAGUGAGGGUGAUGUGGCUGCUACCACAGCACACGCUUCCUCGAAUGAAGUAACACCAGAGCCUACAGGUUUGCAGGAGAAUGCAGAUGAAAAUGACUCUGCUGGCCAAGGUGAAGGCGAUGAGGAUUCUGAUGGCCAGUCUUCUGAGGAAGGUGACGACAACGCUAGCCAAGGUGAUGAGGAUUCUCAGGAGGGUGAUGGAGAUGAGGAUUCUGAUGGCCAGUCUUCUGAGGAAGGUGACGACAACGCUAGCCAAGGUGAUGAGGAUUCUCAGGAAGGUGACAACGCUAGCCAUGUUGAUAGGGAUGAGGAUUCUGGGGAAGGUGAUGACAACGCUAGCCAAGGUGAUGAGCAUUCUCAGGAAGACCACGCUAGCCAUAUUGAUGGGGAUGAGGAUUCUGGGGAAGGUGACGACAACGGUAGCCAUGGUGAUGAGCAUUCUCAGGAAGAAGACCACGCUAGCCAUAUUGAUGGGGAUGAGGAUUCUGGGGAAGGUGACGACAACGGUAGCCAUGGUGAUGAGCAUUCUCAGGAAGAAGACCAUGCUAGCCAUAUUGAUGGGGAUGAGGAUUCUGGGGAAGGUGGCGACAACGCUAGCCAUGGUGAUGGAGAUGACCAGGCUGACAGCACUGAGGAUUCUGAUGGCCCAUCUUCUAUGGAAGGUCACGUCAGUACAACCAUCAUGCCACUUGAGGAGGAUGCACCAGAACCCACAGGUAGCGUAUGCAUCGUCUGUACAAUCAUGCCACCUAAGACCACACCAGAACCUACAGGUGACGUCCGUACAACCAUUAUGCAACUUGAGGAGGAACCUUAGAAAUUCAUUCCCGUUUGCUUUGGAGUUGCUCAAAAGUUCAUGCAUGAAACGAAUAAAAACAUUAAAUCCA